UUCCCCAACCCCUGCUCCGCUCCUUCUUCUCCACUCCUCCCGCCCCCGCCGCCCCAGCCGCGCGAUUGGCCCGCCGGGCUGCGCCGGAUCCGCCGCACGCCUCGCCAUUUCCUCCUCCGCUCCACCGCGCGCCUGCCGCGGUCUGGCUCCCGCUUCUCCUUCCGUUCUUGAUCCUGCCCUGCUCCGCAAGUUCCCAAAUUUACCACCCCCGGCUUCCUCCGAUUAAUGCCCGCGGGCGCCGUCGCGGCGGGAUCCGAUCCCCGCAGGGACAGAAACCCCUCCUGAAUCGCGGGGAUUUUUUCCUUUAUUUUUGGUUUUUUUUGUCCGGGAUUGAGCGUUCCUUCCACUCCCUUGGUUCUUGCCGGUUGAUCGGGGUCCGGGGAUCGCUGCGCUUCCGGGCGGGUGGCUGAGAGAUGGCGUCGCCGUACGCCGCCUCGCCGUACGUGCUGUCGCUCCUGCUGCUGCUCUCCAUCCCGGCCGUCUUCCUCCUCGCGCCGCGCCUCAUCCCGCCGCGGACGCUCCCGACCAUCCCGGACGCCGACGAGACCGAGGACCUCGCGCUCUUCCGCCGCGCCGUCCUCCUCUCCGCCGCGCCCGCCUCGCCCAAGCCCGCCGACACCGCCGCCGGCGCCAAAACCACCUCCUUCUUCGGCGCCGGCAGUGGCUUCCGGAAGAAGAGGAAGCAGCAGCCCAAGGUGGCGUUCCUCUUCCUCACCAACUCCGACCUCGUCUUCGCCCCGCUCUGGGAGAAGUUCUUCGCGGGACACCACGGCCUCCUCAACGUCUACGUCCACGCCGACCCCGCGUCGGCGCUCACCCUGCCCCCGACGCCCUCCUUCCGGGGCCGGAUCAUCCCCGGCAAGGCCACCCAGCGCGCCUCCGCCACGCUCAUCUCCGCCGCGCGCCGCCUCCUCGCCAACGCGCUGCUCGACGACCCGGCCAACCACUUCUUCGCGCUGCUGUCCCAGUCCUGCGUCCCGCUCCACCCGUUCCCGGCCCUGUACCGCACGCUCACCAGCGACAUUGCCGGACCCAAGGGCCGCCACCGCAGCUUCAUCGAGAUCCUAGACGCCGAGCCCACGCUGCACGACCGCUACUACGCCCGCGGCGACGACGUCAUGCUCCCGGAGGUGCCAUACGACAGCUUCCGCGUGGGCUCCCAGUUCUUCGUGCUCACCAGGAGGCACGCCGUCAUGGUGGUCAGGGACCGGAGGCUCUGGAACAAGUUCAAGCUGCCCUGCCUCGUCAAGAGGAAGUACUCGUGCUACCCGGAGGAGCACUACUUCCCGACGCUGCUGGACAUGCAGGACCCCGGCGGAUCCACCAAGUUCACGCUCACCAGGGUCAACUGGACUGAUUCCUUCGACGGCCAUCCGCACACCUACCAGCCGGAGGAGGUGUCCGGGGAGCUCAUCAGGGAUCUGAGGAAGUCCAACGGCACCUACUCGCACAUGUUUGCGCGCAAAUUCGCGCCCGAGUGCCUUGGGCCGCUGAUGAAGAUCGCCGACUCCGUCAUCCUGCGUGAUUAGGCUUGCUGUGUCUGUUUGCAGAGCUGAAAGCAGUCAAAGCACCGAGGGUUGUGAUGUGAUGAACAAGCGUAAGCUGAUCCAUCCAUUCCCUUUGGAAUUCUUCAGAUAGGAGCAACCAGCACCAGACUUUGCUUUGUUCCUGCUGUUGCUCUUUGGCAAAAGAUGUUGCCACGCUUCGGAGACAGAGAGUAUGAUGGUGGUGUUGGUGGCGAAAGGGCCCCUGCUGCCUCUUGUGAGUAUUUUUCUUUUGUGCGUCUUGUUUCUUUUUUUUCCCAGUGUGAACUGCGUGGUGGCAGAUGAUGAGGGUGAAGUUGUUGGUACGUCAUAGGUUGUAGUUAGCAUGAUCAUCCUGUGUAUUAGCAUGGUAAAGAGCUGUGGAUACAUGCAGUGAUGGUUUGUAGUAUCUGUUACAUAUAUAUAUAUAUAUACAUAUGUCAAUAUCACGCCUU